ACUUUUCUUACAGCGUGCCAGAUUGACUUCCGAACCACGAUUCUGCUGCCCUGCGUUUCAUAAAGCUUCCUCCAGUCCCGCCAGCCCGAGACGGAGAGAAGAGCGAGGAGAGAUAUGACGACGAUUCGCAGAUUUUGCUGCAAUGAUCUUCUUCGUUUCGCUUCCGUCAACCUCGACCACUUAACCGAAACAUUUAACAUGUCAUUCUACAUGACCUAUUUAGCUCGAUGGCCCGAUUAUUUUCAUGUAGCUGAAGGCCCCGGCAAACGUAUCAUGGGUUACAUUAUGGGAAAAGUUGAGGGGCAAGGUGAGUCUUGGCAUGGCCAUGUAACAGCAGUCACCGUAGCACCAGAAUAUCGCAGGCAGCAGCUUGCUAAGAAACUGAUGAACCUUUUGGAAGACAUCAGCGAUAAGAUUGAUAAGGCAUACUUUGUGGAUCUUUUUGUGAGGGCUUCUAAUACUCCAGCCAUAAAGAUGUAUGAAAAGCUUGGGUAUGUAAUAUACCGAAGGGUGUUGCGCUAUUACUCAGGAGAGGAAGAUGGGUUAGAUAUGAGGAAAGCAUUAUCUAGAGAUAUUGAAAAGAAAUCAAUCAUCCCCCUCAAACGGCCAGUUACACCAGAUGAGUUGGAGUAUGAUUAGAUACUGUUUCUAUGGAAUUUUGGAAUUCCUGUCACCCAUUUUUCUUGAAAUGCAGAGAUUGGACAUUAGAGAGCUUUAGGUAUAUCAAAGAUGAGAUCCAAGAACAGAUUAUUCGUAACAAAUGGUUUGGUGUCCUGUAUGUGGUUGUGAGCGUUAUCUUUCGUUUUACCUUGUAUUUUUGUAACGCUUCAAUUAUGCUGUUAUAUAGUCCUAUCCUUGUUUGCAAUACUCUUGAAUUUUCCAUUUCAAAAUGACUCUAGCUUUGCAAUUUUAAUGAUUAGACGUGCGUGUUGAUCUGUUA